AGGUAGAUAUAUAUAUUUGCAUUUUGCCCCCCAAUAGUUUCCCACGGCGGCGCCAGUUGGGGUGUUUGAUUUUCUUCCGCCAUUAAACCUUCCCCUUUUACUUCCUUAUCUCAAAACCUAAUUGCACAAUCGCUCCACCUCACCGCCUACGCUUCUCCCUUUGCAGAUCUCAUUUCCCUCAUUUUCCUAUAGUCGCAGAGUGUAAACGCCGUGGUUUCAGCUGCCCCUCUUUGCGAAUUGGAAUAUGCUUGGUUCAUUGCCAAUAUUGCCCCUGCCGGCACCGCCUGAAGACGGCGAUCUCGGCCCGUUGCCCGCUUCUCAAGUGACUGAGGAAUCUGAUGAUGAGAAAAAUUUGGAGAAUGAAGACCAGAAGAUGGGCAUUGAUAAGCCCAGUGCUCCACCAUCAGUAGCAACACACACUAGGUCCAUCGGAGUUAUUCACCCGCCUAUAGACAUUAGAACUAUUGUAGACAAAACUGCUCAGUUUGUGGCAAAAAAUGGACCGGAGUUUGAGAAAAGAAUUAUUGCAAGCAAUGAAGGGAAUGCGAAAUUCAACUUUUUACGCGCCUCUGAUCCUUACCAUGCUUAUUAUCAGCACCGUCUAGCUGAAUCUCGAGCACAGAAUCAGAAUGCUGCUGCGCAGCCUCCUCAGUCGGAGCCUGCCCCUGAAUCAGUUAGUAGUACUCCAGCGGCUGAUGCAAAUGAUGCCUCAGCCAAGCCUGACCCUUCUGCCAAAUUCCGAACUGUACGUAAGGUUCUUGACCCACCAGAGGCAGAGCAAUAUACUGUUCGGCUUCCUGAGGGGAUUACAGGGGAGGAAUUGGAUAUAAUUAAGCUCACUGCUCAGUUUGUGGCGAGAAACGGGAAGUCUUUUUUGACUGGUCUGACUAGUAGAGAGAGCACCAAUCCUCAGUUUCAUUUUCUAAGGCCAACACACAGUAUGUUUAUGUUCUUUACAUCUCUUGCUGAUGCUUAUUCAAAAGUCUUGAUGCCUCCCAAAGGGCUGUCUGAUAAGCUAAAAAAUAGCAUCGUUGAUAUGACUACUGUCCUGGAACGCUGCUUAAAUCGCCUUGAAUGGGAACGGUCGCAAGAGCAGGCUAGGCAAAAAGCUGAAGAUGAGAUAGAGCAGGAGCGUCUGCAGAUGGCUAUGAUUGACUGGCAUGACUUUGUUGUGGUUGAGUCAAUAGACUUUGCUGAUGAUGAGGAUGAGGACUUACCUCCUCCAAUGACACUUGAGGAAGUGAUAAGAAGAAGCAAGAUGUCAGCUAUGGAGGAAGAAGAUUUCGUUGAGCCUGGCAAGGAGGUAGAAAUGGAAAUGGAUGAAGAAGAGGUCCAACUGGUUGAGGAGGGCAUGAGGGCAGCAAGUCUGGAGGAGAAUGGCGAUGUGAAGAGGAAUGAGGUCAAGGUUUUGCUAGAAGAGAACGAACCACCCAUGCGAAUUGUGAAAAAUUGGAAGAGGCCCGAGGACAGAAUCCCAGCUGAAAGGGAUCCUACUAAAUAUGUCGUCUCUCCAAUAACUGGCGAGCUUAUUCCUAUUAGUGAGAUGUCCGAACACAUGAGAAUUUCUCUUAUUGAUCCCAAGUUUAAGGAACAGAAGGAUAGGAUGUUUGCUAAGAUAAGAGAGACCACCCUUGCUGCGGACGAUGAGAUAUCCAGGAAUAUUGUAGGACUUGCGAGAACACGUCCUGAUAUUUUUGGUACAACAGCAGAAGAAGUUUCUAAUGCUGUGAAGGCUGAAAUUGAAAAGAAGAAAGAUGAGCAACCAAAACAGGUCAUGUGGGAUGGUCAUACUGGAAGCAUUGGCCGCACAGCCAGCCUGGCCUUGUCUCAGAAUACUGGUAUGGAGGACAUAGGUGAUGGUUUAAACAAUGACGGCAGGAGCCUUCAGGGUCCAGCACCUCCUCCUCCUAGGCCUGGUAUGCCAUCAAUCAGGCCACUACCUCCACCUCCUGGUCUCGCGUUAAAUAUUCCCAGGCCCCCCACAAUUGUACAAUAUCCAAACCCAACCGGUACUGGUGGUGUUGCGCCACCUCCACCCGGGCCUCCUGUUGUCAAUGUAAUUCCUUCUAUUCGCCCUCCACCUCCUUCAAUGCCUAUGAUGCACGGGCAAAAUCUUAUGGGAAACUGUCCUCCAAUGCCGCCAUCUAUGCCCUUGAAUUCUAAUAUCCCUGUUCCACCACCACCUGGAUCGCAGUUUACACCUUUGGGAGGUCACAGAUUUCAACCAGGCAUGCCUAUGCCCCAGCCAGGUAUGUCUAUGGUUCCUCCACCUCCUAUGCCCCUAGGCAUGCCUCCACCACCACCACCUGAAGAGGCCCCUCCACCCCUUCCUGAAGAACCAGAGCCCAAGAGGCAAAGGCUUGACGACUCUUUGCUCAUUCCAGAAGAACAGUUCCUUGCAAAACAUCCUGGUACUGCUCGUAUUAGUAUAUCAGUGCCUAACACUGAUGAAGGAAACCUGAAAGGACAAGUUUUGGAGAUUGCUGUGCAGUCCUUGACUGAAACAGUUGCAAGUUUGAAAGAGAAAAUUGCUGGGGAGAUACAGCUUCCUUCAAAUAAACAGAAGCUGAGUGGGAAGGCAGGGUUCCUCAAGGACAAUUUGUCUCUUGCUUAUUAUAAUAUUGGACCUGGAGAGGCACUAUCUCUUUCUCUUAGAGAACGUGGUGGUAGGAAGAGAUGAGCUACAUCAAACCAUAGAUCUUGUGAGAUUCCGUGUUGAAAGUUCAGGCAUAUGGUCUUGUUAUGAAAUUGUUAUACAUUUUUGUUUUUUUUUGGUUUUUCCUCUGUUGAUGUCUAGGGAUAUUGACAGUAAUGUACUUAUAUCUUGAAAUUUUAAGCCAGUGAUAUGGUAUCUACAAUUUGAUUGACAUAAAUAUUUUCUGCUAA